CGCUUUGUUUUUCUUUGUUUGUGCAUGUACUAGGCAUUAUUUGUCGUACAAUUCGUUGUUUGGUCUAUUGGUUGCUUGCGAUGUCAACGAACCGGUGGGUUCUUGUGUUUUUCUGUAAUUUAGGUUAUACGUGCGGCAUUUUCUUGAUGGUUAUCGAUCAUCCCUGUAUUUCAAUGUUGUUUUUUUACGAUUUAUGUUGGAAUAGUUGUGACAUAGAUGGAUCCUAAUUGAUAACUUUAUUUUAGUCCGUUGCAGGUAGUCAAUUCGAGUGACAGGAGCACAGAUUUAAGUGGAAUUUUUGCUGAAUACAUACUUGGAAAGCGUUUCUUCAGCUGGGAUGAAUUUGAGAAGUCAUUAGCAGAAUUUCAAAAAUUAUCCUACACUCACUAAGUACCAGAAGGAUAUAACUCGCAUUGACGUUAAAAAUAUGAAAGCCGCAGUGAAUAAAGGUAACGUUGACGUACUUGUUACAUACUUAAGGUAUUUCGAGUCGUCGUGACAUUUUUGAAUUCCUAAAAUCCCGUGGGAAGUUAAUGGAGUAUUAUUCCGAUGAACCGAUCAGGAAUUCACUAACAAGAAUUUGUUUUGCAACUUAUGAGCAAAUGGAAUUGUAUAAACAGUUCCCUGAAGUUGUUGGUAUUGAUUCGACGUAUAAUACAAAUAAAGGGAAGUAAGUUUACCAAUUCAUUAAUCAACGUGCAGGUAUUCUUUGUUCCAGCUACUUGUGACGGAUAAUUUUGGUCGUGGACGACCAGUUUUAUUUGCGUGGACUAGAAAAGAAUUCAAACGAGAUGUAGUUUGGAUAUUAGACUGUUUCCGGCAAAUAAUGGAAGACACCUCGAAAACAGAAUCCUUCAUUAUGGAUUGUGCGCAAGCUGAAAUAGCAGCCGUCAAGUUAACGCACAGACAAGCGCACAUUGUUUUGUGUUCUUUUCAUGUUUGCCGAGCUUUCUGUCGGAAAGUAAGUUUUUCAAAGCAUACUUUACAUUUUAUUCGUAGACAAGAAAUCCCAUUGUGAAGAACUACUUAUGCCGUCUAGUGCAGUGUAAAAGGAGAUCAGAAUUUAAUUUCUACUUCAGAGUUAUUAGCAGAUUGGAUGCUAAUGUCAGUCAAUAUCUACAACGUCGUUGGAUGCAUCGACGAGAAUUGUGGGCGGCCUGUUUCAGAGAUAACGUGCUGACUUUUGGGAACGAUACAAAUAAUCGUGUCGAGAGUUCCCACAAGCAGAUGAAACGGUUUUUGCAAAGAUCUGAUAGUCUGCAUAAAAGUAUGCUAAAGGUGUAUAAAUGGCAUAAACGAAGUUUUUCAAUAAUACAGCAGGAGGCGAAUAUUGCUCAAUCACGAUGCUUCACGUAUCCCUGUUCACAAAGUUUAAUCCCAAUUAUACGGUUGCUUACACCAUACGCCGCGAGGAAGGUAAUACGUGAAUACCAAUUGCGACGAUGGGCUACUGUUGAGUUCGAAUCCGUUGAUUAUGUAUUUUUCAAAGAAAAUGGGAAAACAGUGCAGGUUGAUCUGAGUGCUUGCACCUGCACGUGCUUUACAUUUCAGACCUGUCGGUACCCCUGCCGACACUUGCUUUUGGUCCACUUAAGAAAGCCGUAUUUCACAGUUAACCAUGUGAUGCAUAAUUGUAAACAAUGGACGUGGUCACGCAACUUGUUCGCAUCUCAAAGUACGUCAGCAGUUAUCCCUCGAAAUCGAAGUAACAUAUACGAUACCAAAAAGAAGAUUAUCAAUGCGGGUAUGGACAGAAUUAAUGACAAAUUUGGAGAAGUGUUUGCCAAUGCUUAUGCAGACGGAGUAAUCGCAGGAAUCAAUCGUGUUCUUAAUAUGUAAAUAAACU